UAUCCUCCUCCACUCAUUAAUCUUGGUGACAUAGGACCUGUUCGUUGUCAACGCUGUAAAGCUUAUAUGUGUCCAUUUAUGGAGUUUAUUGACGGAGGACGAAAAUUUCGAUGUCCUUUUUGUAAGGCUAACUCCGCAGUUCAAGACGCAUAUUUUGCACAUUUGGAUCAUUCUGGCCGUCGAACUGAUAUUCAACACCGACCUGAACUCUUUCUUGGUUCUUACGAAUUUAUGGCGACAAAACAAUAUUGCAAGAAUGGGAUUCCACCGAAACAACCUGCUUUUAUUUUUAUGCUUGAUGUUUCUUAUAAUUCUGUGCGAAGUGGUUUAGUUGAGCUUUUCUGUAAAAAUAUUGUUGAAAUUCUGCGCGAUUUGCCGAAAGAUAAUUUAUCUAAUAAAUCUACUAUGCUUAUUGGUUUGGCUACUUAUGAUCAAUCGGUGCAUUUCUAUAAUUUAAAUCAUCCGGAGCAUGCUGAGAUGCUUGUUGUUAAUGAUGUUUCAGACAUUUUUGUGCCUUUUGUUAAAGGUUUCUUUGUAGAGCCUCAAGCAGCUGAAAAAGCGUUGACUAGUUGUCUUCGUGAGAUUAUCAACAAUUUCUAUAAUACUCGUAUUACCGAAGUUGGCCUUGGUCCUGUUAUUCAAGCUGGAUUAGAUGCACUCAAAAAUUCUGAAAGAUCAGGCAAGCUUUUUAUUUUUCACUCGUCAUUACCAACUCUUGCUGCACCUGGCCAGCUUAAAAAUAGAGAAGAACGCAAACUUCUCGGGACAGACAAAGAAAAGACUGUUCUUACGCCUGCUGUAGAUUUUUAUGGAAAACUUGGAGAAGAUUGUGUAAAAUAUGGUUGUGCAGUCGAUGUUUAUCUGUUUCCCAAUGCUUUUAUUGAUGUUGCAAGUAUUUCACCUGUAGUUGCAACAACUGGUGGUUCAAUCUACAAAUACCAAUAUUUUGAUGCUGAUCAAGAUGGGGUUCGCUUUUUAAGCGAUCUGCGACAUGGAAUAAGUCGCGAAAUUGCUUUUGAUGUGAUGUUACGGUUGCGAACUUCUACGGGGAUUCGUCCUACUGGUUUCUUUGGUAAUUUUUAUAUGCAAAAUACUACGGAUGUUGAGUUGAGUGCAAUUGAUAGUGAUAAAUCUGUUCAAAUAGAAAUUAAAUACGAUGAUAAAUUGGAUGAGCGUGAACCUGCUUAUUUUCAAUUGGCUGUUCUCUUCACCAGUUGUAGUGGACAGCGACGACUACGGAUUCAUAAUCUUUCAUUGCCCGUCACUGCAGAUUAUCAAAAGGCAUGUGACUUUAUACAAGUUUAAAAAUAAUAAAACAUAUUUAGUUGUAUCGUCAUUUAGAUGAAGAUUGUUUGGUUAGCCAUUUGUUUAAACAAGCCGAGCAAACUGUACGCGACAA